ACUAUAAGACGCCGCCGUGUUGACGGCAACGUACAUUGUUGCGCGAAUUUUUACUUUUGUUUAUUUUAUUGUUGUGCGGGUCUAUCAAUUUUUAAAUGUAAUGUAACUAAACCUUACAUUAGAUAAUCUCAUAUUUAUUUAUGAAUUUAAAUUGAACUGAAAGAGAAGAUAAUAUUGACAAGAUGGUUCAGGCUGUAGACGAAGUGGAGCAGCCUGAUCUGACGCAAGCAAUAAAAUUGCUAAAGGAAAUGAACUCGAAUGUGCAACAAGUCUCCCAGCUCGUAGACAACAUGGUGACGCGUGUGAAAAGCGGCGAAAUGUCCACUGACAAGGGACUAAGCUUCUUGGAAAUGAAAUAUCAAAUGCUCCUAAGUUAUUUAAUCAACUUAACCUAUAUUGUACUUAGAAAAUGUUCAGGAGAAAGAAUAGAAUCCGAUCCAUCAAUCGACAGACUCAUUGAAAUCCGAACUGUCCUGGAGAAAAUAAGGCCAAUUGACUCUAAGCUUAAAUACCAAAUUGACAAACUUGUUAAAACGGCAGUUGUGGGGUCUACUACUGAUGAUGACCCGCAGUCUUUCCAUGCUAACCCUGACAAUCUAGUGAGUAAGAUUGGUGGGGCCGAAGAAGACUCCAGUGACGCUUCAGAAGUAGGUGAUGAAGGUGAAGAAAAAUCAACGAAAUCAAACAUCUAUGUGCCCCCUAAAUUGGCAGCGGUACACUUUGAUGAAUCAACUUCGAGAGUAGAUAGUGAAAAGAAAAAUAAAGAGCGCAUGAAGAAGCAAUUAUUGAAUUCAAGUGUAAUGCGCGAACUUCGUGAGGAAUAUUCUGAAGCCCCAUUAGAAGUAAGCAGUGGAAACCAUGUGAAACACUCAAUAUCAAAGUUGGAACAGGAGAGGACAGAAUAUGAAGAAAAUUAUUUGACCCGUUUGCCUGUCACUAAAGCAGAAAAGAAUAGAAGAAGAAAGAUGACAACAGUCGGCAUGAUAGCAGAUGAAAUUACAGGACGUAGUACGGCUCGUAAACAUAAAAUGAAGUCUAAAAAGGGCAAAGGCUUUAAGAGAAGGCGUACCCAUUAACUUACUUUGCCCAUGAUAAAUUUUUUGUAUACAAGGUAAGUUACCAUCGGCAUUGAAUUGAUCUGAACAAACUAACCAAAAAUAUGUACACAAAUAUCUCCAAAGUGCUCAAUAUCAACUAGAUUUUUACUUUCCCAUAUUUUAAUUUGGAAAUUGAUGUUGAAUAUAUCGAGUUCUAAGGUUUUCGUGA